AUGUUUUGUCCUACUCUUGUGAGAAAUACUUCAUUCAGGAGAGUAACGAAAGAGGAGUGGGCUGAAGAAACAUUUCCACCUCACUGUGCUGGACUAGUCUAUUUUGCAUCGCUUUCACUAAUCAGACGAUUGCUGAGUGCUGCUUAUUCGCAACGUUUCUUCUGGAUUGACGACAUCUUCAUCACUGGAGUGCUCGCCAAAGCAGCUAAUGUCAGUAUUGAAGAUUUGAAAGGCAAAAUCCUUAUCCGCUUCACAACGCCCACAAGAUCCCGUUUUCGAAAACGGUUUCUUCCUAACGCAAAAGCAUUAUAG